CGUGCAUCUGAAUUGGUGAUGACUUCGACGACUUCCUCUCCCUCUCAUUCGAUAUUGGACUCUCUCCCUCUGGCGGCCAGCGAUGGCAUCGAUAUUCGGUUCAGCGCCCAUACGGGCACGCCUAGCCUUCAAGGCAGCAUACCAGGAUGCCUUCGUUUGUCGAAGGUGCAUGCAACAGCAGGCGAAAUCUCCGCAGAUCUGGAAGGCGAAACAGCAGACUCCAUUCCUCCAGGCCUUUCGCAAAGGUGGUCCAGCGGGCUCGCGAGCACAAUCAUCCGCCGCACAGUCGCCGACAUCCCCUCUAGGAGCGUUGGGAAGGACGUUGGGUGAUGCUCCAGCGCGACAAAUCCCGACAUCGAAUGCGAGAAUAUCCUCAUUCCCAGAGACUAGCUCCAAAUCGGUCGCAUACUGGCUGUUAGGCUCAGCCGCUUCCGUCUUUGGAAUUGUCGUAUUUGGUGGUCUCACGCGAUUGACGGAAUCUGGUCUGAGCAUCACGGAAUGGCGGCCAGUGACCGGCUCUUUCCCACCACGCGAUCAGGCAGCAUGGGAAGAAGAGUUCGCCUUGUACAAGCUUUCUCCGGAGUUCAAAAUGUUGAAUAGCAGGAUGAACUUGGAGGAGUUCAAGCAGAUUUACUGGAUGGAGUGGGGACACCGACUAUGGGGGCGUGUGGUUGGCAUCACUUUCCUGUUGCCAACUGCAUACUUCAUCAUCAGGCGAAGGGUCAGCAAGCCAAUGGCUCUUCGGCUGGUCGGCAUAAGUGGUCUUAUUGGAUUCCAAGGCGUCAUCGGCUGGUGGAUGGUCAAGAGCGGGCUCAAAGACGAUCUGUUCAAGCAAGGCCAACAGCCACGAGUGUCUCAAUACAGACUGGCAGCACACCUGGGUACCGCCUUCAUCGCAUACCUAUGCAUGUUCUGGAAUGGACUGCACAUCCUGAAGGAGCGCAGUCUAUUGAAAGACCCAGUAGAGGGCGCAAAACUACUCGAGACCUUGAAGCGGCCAGAGCUGAAGAGAUUCAAGACUCUGGUAGCCGGGCUCGCGGUGCUGACCUUCGUUACAGCCAUGUCGGGAGCGCUGGUCGCUGGUCUUGACGCAGGACUGAUCUACAAUGACUUCCCAUGGAUGGGUCAAGGCCUACUUCCACCGAAGCGGGAGAUGUUCGAUCCCUUCUACUCGCACAGCGAGGAUCAGAAGGACUUGUACUGGCGGAAUGCUCUUGAGAACCCAGUCCUCGUCCAGCUCGACCACCGAAUUUUGGCGACAACAACCUUCACUGCCAUCAUGGCACUGUGGGCAUACAGCAGAUUCAGCCCGGCUGUUCGGGCGACACUACCUCGCAAAGGCAAAGUUGGCAUGCUCGGCGUGGUGCAUCUGGUCAGCUUGCAGGUCACCCUAGGCAUUACGACUCUCUGGUAUCUCGUUCCGACUCCCUUGGCAGCAGCACAUCAAGCUGGUGCAUUAGCACUGCUCACUGGUGUGUUCUUGCUCGGCAGCAGGCUGUACGUGCCAAAGCGGACUAUGCGACUGGUGCAGAACGCGCUCAGACAGACCCAGUCAAAGACUACUACUGCCAAGGGUCCCCGGCCCGAGUUGACUUCCCACUGAUAUGCAAAGCAACUCUUGCGCGAUGGCUUCGGCUAGCACUCUCCCUACUCUACUCGAAAUUAGCGCUGUACAUUCUAUUGUAGACAUAGAUUCAUGACAAGAGGAAGUCACGAGGCCCAAGAGCCCAAUAACAGCCAAGUCUUGCCUCGUUCCGUCUCGCUCACAUGUUCAAUAGGCCUAAUUGCAGGCUGCGAACACUAUUGCAGCACAAUGAUUUCCUGGAGACCACGUACCGCGGAGAUCGAAUGACAACAACCUGCGCCUCUGCGCCGCAGAUUGGCAUACUGUGGACUUGGUUUUAAGAGGACUGUUAUACGGAGUGGUUUCGACAGCCGUGCAUGUGCACAUAUCUGCCACUCUGCACAAGCCAGCAUUGGUCAGAGCCACCACCUACUUUUUGCAAGCUCGACUCGUCUCGACUUUGUCGACUUCCCGCAUGCGCCACGCGAGGUCGCACACUGAGGUGUUUUAUGCAGGUACUUCGGGAGCUCGGUUGCAAGCCCCACC